CUGAGCAUCGGUGCUAACGCUCACCUCAUCGUGAGACAUUCUGAGUCUUGUUUCUUAUCGUCACCAACUCUGCUGCGUCGGCGUCCGACCUGCCACGAAACCCUAGCGAUAUUGUCUCGCUGAGGGUGGUAGAUGAGCUUAUGGCAGCCCUCGUCCAAGCUGGAGGACAUGGUUAUUAUAGUGUAUGGUCAGCAUCAUCCAUGCCGUCGGGUCUCCAACGUCUACAGUCAGCCACCAUCACCACCACUAUUACCACAGCCCACACAGCCCGCGCCGAGCUGACGCGGGACUCUUCUGGCACUGACACCGAGAUUAACCCUUAUUGCAAAGUGUCCGGGGCCCCACGCUUACAAUGCCAUCACGCUCUUCAGCCAGAAUACGCUCGUGUUCCACGGCACCUCUGGUGGCUAAGGUCAUCUGAAAUUCUCGUGCUCCGUGCUACCUUGGCACGGCAUCGAAAUGGAUCAGAGAGCUAUGCGGUACAAAGUUGGAGGCAACGUCGCCGCAGCAGCAGCAGCAACAGCAUUAUUUUACCAGGAACCGGGCUCAGUGAAAAAAGGGUCAGUGUUGCUGACAUCGCUCGGAUAGACCGAGUAACACGCAAUAGAGUCAGUCGCGUGAUCUAGGUGUUGAAUUUGUGUUGUGUUAUAGUAAUGAACUCGACUCGACUUGGCCGCGCACAUACACAGACUUACCCACCUGCCUCCAGACAUUGCUGCAAUAACAGUAUACACACGCACACAUCCUCUGUGGUCGGUCGUAGUAUCACAGACGUGCAGAGGCAA